AUGGCUCGUCUCUUGGGACAACUAGGGCACUUGAUCAAGGUCCUCAGAGACUCAUCGGAUGAGCAGCUGUCUGUGGGAGAACUUAACAUGAUCACACAAGAAGAUCAAGCUGAGAUCCAGAGCUGGAACUCACACCCCAUCCCUUCCCAGCCAACCCUCAUCCACAAAGAGAUGCUCAAAACAGCUUCCCUCUCCCCUGCCAAUCCCGCAAUCUGCGCUUGGGACGGAGAAUGGACAUACUCUGAGCUUGACAACAUCACAUCUCGUCUAGCAGCACUCAUCAAGUUCAGCACCUCAGACCAAGAGCAUGCGAUACUCCCCAUUUACCUUCAGAAGUCAAAAUGGGUCGUCGCUUCAAUGCUAGCGGUCAUGAAAGCCGGCCAUGCCUUUACGCUUAUUGAUCCGAAUGAUCCGCCUGCUAGAGUAGCGCAGGUCGUUGGGCAGACGGGCGCGACAGUUUCGCUUACUUCCAAGCUUUACAGUAGUAAAGUACGAGGCAUUGUUGGACGCUGCAUUGUUAUUGACGAUGAGCUUGUUCAAUCACUCAUUUGCACCUGCGCCUCGAAGCCAGAUCUUGUACUUGCUGCGGUUGCUCCUGAGGACCUAGCCUACGUGAUCUUCACAUCUGGUAGCACAGGCGAUCAAAGGGCAUCAUGA